AUACACAUUCAGAUCGGAUCGGUGCCCGGGCGAUGAGCUGGUCUAGCUCUACCACUACCAGUUUAUGUACAAAAGCCGUGGAUCACUACUUUCGGACUGGAGUUCAAUAAUCUUCGGCCAUCAGCCGAAUACAAAUUGACUAUGGAAAAGUAAAAGACCCGAGAAAAAGAGUUAGAGAAAUGCCGAGGGCAACUCAAAUCUUACGCAAAAGCCGAAAGGUUGUGGAGGAUCUCAACUUGCUUAAAGUCUUGCAAUCUGAAAUAUCCCACGAGCUCUCUUCCAACUCUUUUCAGGAUGAAAAUAUCGGUUCUCUAGGAGAUUUUGUAUUGGACUGGAAUUCAUCACGGUCACAGGAUGUUGUUUUGCGGCGAAAAAGUGAGUCUGGUGAAGAGGUUGCUGUUUCAGCUCUGUUAAGUCAGAAGACAUGUGAUACUGAGGGUAUAUUUCCUAGGAAACUUUUAAUGAAGGUUUGUGUAAAAAGGCCUGGGUUGAGUUCUAUAUUGCAGUUUGAUUGUGGAGUAUCUGAGAAAGGAGUUCGUAGGUCUGACUUCAAAAUCCGUAGUGCUUAUUUUCUUCAAUCAACAACCGUUCCUGGUUCUUCCAUUUACAGAGGUCCCUUAUUCAGCUCUUUGGAACCUCAAUUACAAGAUGCACUUAAGGAAUAUCUUGUAGCCAGGGGGAUUAGAGAAGACCUGACCAACUUCCUCCUCCUCACCUUACAUAAGAAAGAACAAGGCCAAUAUUUGGAUUGGUUACAGAAACUUGAAUCAUUUGUCAUGAAAGAUGAAAGAUUAUUUUCGGCAGCGGCAGGUUGAAGUUAUACAUGCUUCCACAUUUUUUGCAUCACCGAUGUAGUCUUAUGCUGUAGUGGAAAAGGUAUUGUGUUGAUAAAGUAACUCAUCAUUCUCAAAUAAUUUUCCAUUGACAUGUUAUUUCAAUACUUUUUCAACAACUUUUGCACAAUUUACCACCCUAAAGUUAGGCGAUGGAAUUUGAUUACUCUUUAUCA